AUGCGCCUUUCAAGCUCUAAGACCAGUGAAGAUGGUAAAGCUGUAGACCCUACAGACCAGGACUCAUUUACAAGACCCGUCACUCUUCACAGAAGAGAUCCAAGACAACCGCCUGCCGGUCGGCCAGUCCUUGUGAAGGAGUCGAUGCCCGAGGCCAAGCCGAUUGACGACAAGGAGGCUGAGCGACUGCAACAGGCCAAGGCUGACCGCGAAGCUCAACGAGCUAUGGACCAGGCCAAGAUUGCACCGUCGGUGAAGGACAUGACGGCGAAAAAGCAAAAGAAGCCCAAAGAAGAAAAGAUCAGCUUCAAUCGGAUGCCCAGGACAGAGCAAGGCCGAAAGGAGGCAGACUUGAGAUAUGAGGAGGCUUUGCCAUGGCACCUUGAGGAUGUCGAUGCACAUAAUGUCUGGCUGAAGGAUGAUUUCCGAAAUCACGGCCAACGGUCCCGGGCUCGGCCUGUUUCUUCAGCCAACGAGGUUCGGGGCUAUGAUGAAGUCGACAUGGAAGGCGACGAAUUUGAUGAUGAUGACGAAAACCCGGGGUUUGAGAACGAUGAUGAGGACACAAAAAUUUCAAAUAACCGUAUCCGGCAGAAUCAACUCGGCGCAAAUCUAUUCGGGGAUGGUGAUGAGAACGAAGUAGAUGCACGGGAGGAGAGUGAAAUGCGACGAGAGCUUGAACGGCGAAAGGCGACGAAGAAGCUCAAGAAAACCCUAAUCAAAAGGGAAAAUAUAAACGAUAUCGAGUCGGAUGAUACUGCAUCCUCUGCUGACCCUUUCGCAGAUUCUUCGAGCGAAGAUGAAGAGGAGGAGGAGGAAGAUGGGUCUCAAAUUAAGCUUGAGGAUGAGGAUAAAGUAAAGACCGACAUUGACAAAGGACAAAGCAGCCUUGCUGUGAAAGGCUCACGGGCUACCAGCCUCUACCAAUUCAAACAGUCGUCAAAUUCGCCAUCCAAGGAGGGCCACGGCGCGCGUUCAGCAUCUCCCAAGCCUGCCAUUGAGGCGUGGGAGAUUGUCCAAGCUUUGCCACAACUUCCCGAUGGCAUUACCAUCACAAACUUUUGA